GCGGAUUUUACGAUGAGCUAAUGUAUUGAUUGAUAAUUUAGUGUGUGAAAAAUUUGUGACGUCACGAAAUAAAAAGUUCAUAGACAAAUUAUAUUACUCAUAAACAAAAUGGAUAAUUACAAAGUGUUGACAUGAUUUCGUUUUUUAAGGGCCUAUACGGCUUUAUAGUAAAUUGGUGGAAUUUUAAGGAAAAUGAUGCAGUCCUUAAGGAUUACAAAUCUUUUAGGGACAUUGAAAGUUCCAUUCAAGGUUUUUCGUCGACAUCGUCAACAGACAACUUGACAGAAAUCUCCGACAGCCUGACAGGCCAAAAUCAUCUGCCUCUACACUAUGACGUCAUUUUGCUGGCCCUCAAAGACUUGAGCAAACAAUAUUUGAACAUCCCCGAGGAAAUUGAAUGGCAAAACAUCAGCAGGGAAAAUCUACACACGAUUUUUAAAGGGCCCGAAGUGAACGUAGGGCUGUUGUGGGCUACUUUUUUAAAACGCAGUGAUUUUCUUGAGGAUUUCUUAAAAUUGGGAGCAGAAAUAACUUUCUAUGAACAAAAUUAUGGUUUGAGUCCGCUUCAUUUGGCCUCCUAUGCGAAUUGCAAACAAAGUACCGAAUUCUUGCUAAGGCAGAAAGGCUGUUACGUCAAUUUGAUGUGCAAAUGCUAUAGUCCGUUGCACUGCGCAGCGUACGGCGACAGCGCGGAAGUGGCUGCGUUGUUGCUGGCAAAAGGUGCCAACAUUGACGCUUUUACGAACGAUUUGCAUUUCAAUUUGGAAGGCGUGCUACACUGUGCUGUACGUGCCAAUGCUGUGAAAUGUUUGAAGCUGUUUUGUGAGAAAGGCGCUAACCUCAACCAACUGGACAGCUCAGGCAGAACACCGAUCCACUUGGCAGCCGAACUAGGCCACAGCUCCUGCCUGGAAAUCCUGGCACAAACCAAAAACGCCCCCAUUAACCAACAAACCAAAGAAAAACAACGCUCCGCUUUACAUUUGGCCACCCUCAACCGUCACCCCGACUCCGUGGACAUUCUUUUGAAAAACGGAGCUGUAGCAGACAUCAGAGACUACCGACAUCGUACUCCUUUACACUUAAGCCAAUGCAACGACUGUUGCAAAUUGCUACUGAAACACGGCCACGCUAAUCCUAAUCUUCUAGACAAUACACAAAAAAGCCCUUUGCAUCUUGCAUGUUCAAAAACAACUACUAACAAUUGCAGUGAGAUAAUAAAAACAUUGAUUAGAUACGGUGCAAAUGUUGAUGCAAAGGACACUCAAGGCAAUACAGCAUUGCAUUUGGCAGCUCAAAACGAACUAAGUCAAUGCGUUGAUGCCUUAAUCACAUCCAAUGCUGAUAUAACAGCUAAAAGCAAAACAAAUAUUACAGCUUUGGGGUUGAUUUGCCAGAAAACCCCUAAAAGUAUUGAAGCGAUAAGGAAACGCUUAGAUGAUGCUGUUAGUUUUAAUCAAACCAACCAACUACAAAUUGAUUUUAGUGUAAUACUGCAACAUGGCCAUCCAAAGGAGAGCAAUUUCCUGAAAACUUUAGUAGAUGAGAGGCAAAAAGACUUACUACUGCAUCCUGUUUGUACAGCGUUUCUACAUUUAAAAUGGAAAAAGAUUAGGAAGUUUUUCGUGUUUAGGGCCUUGUGUUGUUUUUUAUUGGUAUCCACAAUGUCUAGUUAUGUGGUGCUAGGCCUUGCCAAACACUGCUACAAUUUGAGUCAAAAUGUUUCUGAAUUGUACGAGCAAGACAAGGAGUUGUGCUUGAACCAUUCGAUUUCUGGUUAUUUUGUUGUGGAGCAUCCCGCUAUGAUUGAAAUUGAAUGGUAUUUAAUGUGUAUUUUGUCUUUGGCAAUUGUUGUCAGAAAAUUGUAUGGGUUUGCUGGAUAUAAUUCAGUUAUCCAGUAUUUGAGUACUUUUGAAAAUUGGCUCGAUUGGAGUACUGUUGUUACUGUGUUUCUUAUUUCGUUUAUAUAUACUGGUAAGACGUACAUUUGGCAAAAUCACGUGAGUGCUUUUGGAAUACUUUUAGCUUGGCUUAACUUUUUGUACAUUUUAGGUCAAUUUCCUUUUUUCGGAACUUAUGUAGCAAUGUAUUCUUCGGUGCAACGUGAAUUUGCCAAACUAUUUCUAGUUUUUGCCUGCUUGCUUAUAGGUUUUACUGUAAGCUUUUGCGUACUAUUUCCUGAAUCUGAAGUAUUUUCAAAUAUUUAUAUUGGCUUUCUGACAAUUCUUGUAAUGGCAAUUGGCGAAAUGAAUCUAGAUAUGAUUGUUAAACCUGACGAAAAAGACAAAGUCUUUAUGCUCAGAGGCUCAACCGAAAUUAUUUAUGCCACUUUUGUCACAUGUGUCACAAUAAUAUUAUUGAAUCUUUUGGUAGGAAUCGCUGUCAGUGAUAUUCAAGGCCUGAGAAAAACUGCAAAACUUACCAAAUUGGUAAAAGCCACAAAAUUAAUAUACAUAAUCGAAUGUGCCUUGUUCAAUGACAAUAGGAUUUUGUCUAAAAUGUUUAGGAGUGGCACUUUGGUAUCAUCCAAAGGCUAUUGUAUGCUCAGCAUUAAAUUAAAUAACGGAGACAAGGUUAUUCCGAGACAUAUUAUAGAGUUGGCUUGUGAAGUUGCCAGAAAAAAAUGUUGCAAGAAACGAAUUGUCAAUAGAUGUAACAAUUUAAAAAAUAUUAAUAUUAGUGAUGUAAGUUCGAUGAAGAGUGAUAUAAGAAGCUUGAGUGAGGAGCUUGUUAAUAUGAGGAGUUUUAUGGAGAAUAAUCAGAAACUUAUGGAGAAAAUAUUGAAGAUUGUCGAUGUUGAGAAUGAUGAGCUGUUAUAGAAGAGAAAUUUUUUGAUUCUAUUUUAAAUUAUGAUGUUUUAAAAAUAAAUGUUAAGUAAUAAUUAUAUGCAAGUGCUUUAUUUUAUUUUCUAAUUGAUUAUCAAAAUUGGAUUAUUACCGGCCCUUUAUUGGAGACAUUUUCUAGCGAAUCAAGAACCAGUCAUAAUGAAAAUUUGGCACUUGGAAAUACAAGGGCUGUAAGAAAGUGGCAUUUGGGCUUUUUCAAAAACGAGUUUAUCGAGGAUUUGACAGUCAUUACGGAUACUAUCAAGGAUUUAAUUACGAUCAUAUAUAUAAAUAAAGCAUCGGUAUAUCUGAAAUUAGUGAAAACUUACCCCAAAAAGCUGUAGCCAUACUCGCAUGGAUCAUCUGCAAAGAAAAAAAUUUUAAAUUAAACCCUCGCUCCAAAUAUGCCCCUAAUUAUUUAAUUCUGGAAAAAAGAAUGAAUUGAAUCGUACCAAUAGAACACGAAAUAGAUGGAAAAAUACAAUAAUUGACAUGCGCAGAUGAUCAAAAUCGGGCUUAGAGCCUCUAAAAUCUUUAGAUCAAGGCUAUUUUUUUUUGUAUUUUAAAAUAUGAGUUUUGGAGCUCCUAUAGAAUCUAAAUUCCAAGUCUGAAAUGAGAAUCUUUAAACUCUAAGUCCAGUUAAAACUUAGGCUUCAAAUUUGUGAAAUCGGGACCCUAAGGAUUGAGUUCAUAUCAACAAAGUCUUCAUUUUUAAAUCAGCA